GAGCAUCAAGAAACAUCUAUUCUCUUUAUCUCUAUUUUAUCAGCCGCCUCGCCCUCCCUCAUAACAAUAAGUUGCUCCAUACCGCCGCCACUGACAGCCACCCGCUCAAAUGCGUUGAGCUUACAUAGCGUGCCAUCCGAUAACACGAUAACACGAUACAGUUGCCAUCAGUCGAGCCAGUUUAGUAAGGCACUGUACGGCAUAUCUCAAUGAAGAUGUACAGAUAUGUGGGGAGAGCAUUUGCACAUGGCACAUAGUGGAAGAAAGGAAAACCCAAUCUGCUCGAAUAUGUUGAACACACACAAUUCGCUCCCAGCCUCGACAAUAACACCCGUGUUGCAGAUCCACCCAAAUUGUCUCCCUGGUACCACCUGUCCCCGAACUCAAAAGCGUCCGGAUGCUUUUGAAACCGACCACUGGCGUUCCACUGCUUACAAACUUCCUCAUACCCGAGCGCGCUGUCAGAACCUCGCCUCGAGCCUCUUGUAUGACCACCCUUAAAUCUCUACAGGUUCGCCAUCUGAUCCCUGCUUGUGAUAAGGAAACCUAAUUUUCCAGCACUUUCAAUCAUACGCAUACGAACCCCCUUAUCCGACAUCAGAUCCUUAUAUUGUGAGAACCCGUUUUCGGCACUGCACGCAACUGGCAGAGCAUACAGUACGGCACCAAUUGUCCACAACGGGGGCAACGUGUUGUCCGGUUCAUUCUAGCGCAGGUCACCGGGGGUCUCGUCGCUGUACAAAGUACUUACUUCCCUCUCGUCACCGCAGCCGGAAUGACACCCUUUUCGGAACAACUACUAGGAGGCCAUAGAAGAGCCAAGCGGAUGCCAAUCGCCACGCGGAGACACGAGUGCUCGCUACUCGUAGGCUCACUAAAUUUAGUGGGGGAAGUGGUGGGGUAUCUCUAGCUACAUGCUCGGACAUUAGAGAAAUUGGAAACUCCCGCACAUUGAUAUCAGCCAGGAGAUUGUCGUUAGGGUGAAACUAGUUUCGUCCGCUAUACCUACCGCUCCUCCAAUCAUCCCUCCGUCUUUUAGGAACAUGUACGGCAUCAAUUCCAUUCGACCGAUUAUCUCAAGCAUCGAAGAACCAUGGCCUGAAAAUCGUCUCGCCGCCAUGCCGCAACUGCUGAAAAACAAGAGAAAUUCACUACGACGUUGUAACUAUCUCUCGCGGUAAGGCGCUGUGUAUCCCUCUCUUUUUUUGUCCUGGCUGAUGGUUAUAUUUAGAGUGACUUGCACCUGGUACCCCUAUCCUUGAGGGGGUUUCAACGACAUAGCACAUUCCUCUUGUACUCAAGCACUAUACUAUGCUUACGGCAGACGUCUUCACCCACUUCCAGGCAUUACCUGCAUAGCUCUCAAAAAUCUCCGGCCAAACGAGUCCGCACCUACAACUGCUGGAACCGAAAUUUCCUUGUAACAGUGCCCCCGAACUGCCAACUCCUUGGAUUUCUAAUAUCCCUGGGCGGCUGGUGAGUGUCCAGAAUAACCCGGUCUUCAGAAGGAAGUCGCGUUUCCCCAAUACUAGUAUUGUCGCAUCUCUGGGAAGAGCGGUUGGCUGGGUAUGGCGGAAUGUCAGAUACACUGGGAGACCAGAAGGUACACGCCAGAUAUCGCGGCGCAGUUGGUGACUUCACUGACCCCCACUCUGUUGGAAAGCCUUCUAGGGAUUGUCUGCGUAUUUCUGAUCCGGUGUAGCUGGCGCUCCCACCUACCCAGCAAACUGCCCCGCCCGAUAAUUCGAUACUCGAUCCUCUGCGAUGGGCUCAUCCACAGCAUCUCUCGUUAUAUAUUCGCAUUACACAUGCCAAAUCCCCUAACACCCAGACACUGAUCUGACCAGGACAAGAGCCAACCUGACAAAUUUUACCUCUACAACCUUUCCACAAUAGCAUCAUUCAAAGCAGUUCCUUCCAAGCGUUUUCCCCCGGUAUUGAAAGCAGAGAAUCAGAGGCAUCUCCCUUGUAAAAAUCAAUGACCCCAGCCCAAGGCCAGCAUCCCUGGUGUUGGCAAAUCAAGUCAAUGACUCUUUCCCAAAUCUUCCACUUCUUGACGCCUGGGGAUCUAGGUGUAUCUGCUGUACCUGGAGAGAGUCCAACAGCAAACACUCCAAAAAUCCGCUAGCAAAAACUAGCCCACCCAUCCACGCAGGGUGUGCCGUCAAUCAUAACAGAUGAGCCAGGAGAGGAAGAAGCAAAAAGGUACGAUUAAUUUGCGGUACAGUAACAGGAGCCUUC